UCAGUGAGGAAACUAUCCCACGGAGGGGCACUGUACGAGCUAAAUGCACCUAUAUCGGCGGAAUGGCUCAAUAUCCCAACCAAUAGAAGAAUUUUCCUUAAUCUUUUUGACGCUAACACUAUUAUCAAAGACAGAUCAUACCACCUCAUAGUCGAGAAUGUCCCAAUCUCCUUCGACCCAAACUCAAAGACAGCAAUCACGGAAAUAGAAAUCAAGGGUGGACUACAAGCGAAUUCAAUCUCCAAGACACGAUACAUCAAACCGGUAGCAAGACGGAGCCCGACUCAAAGAACCGCACAUGUCACAAUCACUCUCAACUCCAAAAUAGCCGCAAAUCAGAUCAUCAGAUUUGGGCUACCCAUCAAGGGAAAGAAAGUGUAUGGUAGGAAACUGCUAACAGAACCUACAAGAUGUCUAAAGUGCCAUACCUUCAACGGAGGCCACAUAGCCAUGAACUGCCCCAACGAAAACGACACAUGCGGAACAUGCGGAGCAGAACAUCGAACAGCAACCUGCAAGGUGGACGACCCAGCAUUCUACCAUUGCAUUAACUGCAAAGAGGAUGGACACACAUCAUGGAGCAGAGAAUGCCCUGUCUUCACUGGAAAGUGGAACACACAAAAGGCAAGAAACGACGAAGCCCGGUUCAUAUAUUUCCCAACAGACGAUCCGCUUACAUGG